GAGAAAAUGGCUGUUGUCGAGUCACUUCUGCAGUUUGCCAGCACAGGCACAUUGCUGGCUGCUUUGCUGUUGUUUCUGGUUUUGUAUUUAGUUUCAUCUGGAUCUCAGAAAGAAGGGAAAGAGCCACCGGGACCCAAACCACUGCCCCUGCUGGGAAACCUGCUGACACUUGACCUCACAAGAGCCUUCGACACUUUUUUUGAGUUGUCCAAAACCUAUGGAAAUGUAUUCCAAGUGUUUUUGGGACCAAGAAAAACAGUGGUCCUAGUUGGAUACAAAACCGUCAAAGAAGCACUUGUGAACUAUGCAGAACAGUUUGGUGAUCGAGAAAUUGGACCUGGUUUCAGGAUAAUGAACGAUGAACAUGGAAUCCUCUUUUCCAAUGGAGAGAACUGGAAAGAGAUGCGACGCUUUGCUUUAAGCAACCUGCGGGACUUUGGGAUGGGCAAAAGAGGAAGUGAAGAGAAAAUCAUCGAAGAAAUUCAUCAUCUCAAAGGAGAAUUUGAUAAGUUUGAAGGGAAGCCCUUUGACACAACUCAGCCUGUUAACUACGCUGUGUCAAACAUCAUCUCGUCUAUUGUGUACGGAAGCAGAUUUGAAUACACAGACCCUCAAUUCACAGAAAUGGUUGACCGAGCAAAUGAAAAUGUUCGGGUUGGUGGAUCAGUUUCCAUGUGGUUUCAUGAAAUGUUUCCUUGGGUGGGUCCAUUUUUGAAAAGCAAAAGGAUUAUUGUUGAAAAUAUUAUCCAAAGCAGAGCACAGAUGACAAAGUUGAUCACUGCUCUUCUGGAGACUCUGAAUCCAAAUGACCCCAGAGGCUUUGUUGACUCCUUUCUCACCCGGAAACUGAGUGAUGAGAAAUCUGGUAAAAAGGACUCGUACUUUCAUGAGGAGAAUCUAAUUAUGACUGUGACAAAUCUGUUUGUCGCUGGUACUGACACCACAGGAACGACUCUGCGCUGGGGUCUGAUGCUCAUGGCUAAAUACCCUCAGAUACAGGAUCGAGUUCAAGAGGAGAUUGACAGAGUGAUUGGUGGACGUCAGCCAGUGGUGGAAGACAGGAAGAAAUUACCAUAUACAGAUGCUGUCAUUCAUGAAAUUCAGAGACUGGCCAACAUUGUGCCUUUGAGUCUUCCACAUAAAACCACCAGUGACAUUACCUUCAAUGGAUACUUCAUCAAGAAGGGAACUACAGUUGUUCCUCUGCUGACGUCUGUUCUGAAGGAUGAAAGUGAAUGGGAGAAACCAAACAGCUUUUACCCAGAACACUUCCUUGAUGAGAAGGGCCAGUUUGUCAAGAGAGAUGCUUUCAUACCCUUUUCUGCAGGGCGCAGGGUUUGUCUGGGAGAGAGUUUGGCCAGGAUGGAGCUCUUCCUGUUCUUCACGUCUCUCCUUCAGAGCUACCGCUUCACAACUCCACCUGGAGUGUCUGAAGAUGAGCUGGAUCUCAAAGGAAUUGUUGGAAUCACGUUGAAUCCGUCUCCACACAAGCUGUGUGCAAUCAGACGCUCCUGAUCCAAGAACAAGUCAGCCGCUGACAGAAGAAUAUACAAAAACAAAACGUCGCAGCUUAUUCCAGCAUGAGUUGGGUGAUUCCAGCACUUGUAAAUGAGGACCAAAGUGUGGAACCAAUCACUUGACCUUUUGUAUUUUAAAGCUACAAUAAGCAAAAACCUGUAAUUCUGC